AGUUCUAGCAAUCUCCUUUCAUAUACCCGUCUGUCCCUCUUGUUCCUGACCUUCUUUCUGUCAGGCAUGCUUGGGUGUGGUUGCAUACACACUCGUUUCUAACAAUCAUCCAUUGAAUUUUCCUAUUACAUCCUUGCAUUGCAUUUUCAUUAUGAAGUUCUCUUUAUUUUCUAUCUUGGCACUUGCCACCACUUCCGUUCUCGCACACCCCGUUAGCCACGAUGCCGAGCACAGCAACAUCGAAGCUCGACAAAGCGGUCCUGUGCGGCUUAUGGGCGGCGUGGAUCCAGCAGAUGUCAGACCACGACUCGAGGUCAGACAAUUGAGGAAUUCGCAGCCCGACCAAUGGACCAUUUUCCUCGUCGCGUUGAACCGGUGGAUGACCACACCGAAAGAACAAUCGGGCGACAGGAGCUUCUUCAACAUUGCAUCCAUCCACGGUGUGCCAAGACAGAACUAUGCUGACGUUCCACAAUGCGCCAAUUGUCAAGGUACGGAUGGCUACUGUUUCCACGACUCGGUUCUUUUCCCAGGAUGGCACCGUGCAUACAUGGCUCUUUUCGAGCAAGAAUUCCUCAAGAUCGCUCGUGCAGUGGCCCAAGAAUAUCCGACGUCAAGCCGACAACGAUUUGUCAAUGCUGCGAACGACCUGCGCUUUCCCUACUUCGACUGGGCUGCGAGACCCCCAAGCGGUAGCCGCGCACUUCCAGAUGAGAUUACAACUUCCAGUGUCACCGUUCAAGGUCCAAGAGGACAGCAAUCUUUCAGGAAUCCUCUGUACGGAUACGUCUUCUUGAACGGCGAACAACGAGGUCUUGUCUACAGCACCCUCAACUCUUGGCCAAAGACUCUCCGAUACCCAACCAGCAACGCGCAAAAUGCCGAGAACAACUCACCCGCCGCAAGGAACGCGUUCGAGGGUUCCCGUCAAAGUUUGCAGGAUCAGCUAUACCAGCUCUUCACGCAGUGCGACGACUUUGGCGCGUUCAGCAAUGACGACUCCAGCACUAGCAAUGCUCGUUGCGCAAACAGCCUGGAGCAGAUUCACAACACCGUUCACAACAAUGCUGGUGGCUUGGGUGGCAAUGGAGUGUCUGGAGGACAUAUGACCUACCUCUCCACGGCCUCCUUCGAUCCCAUCUUCUUCCUCCACCACUGCAACGUUGAUCGUAUCUUUGCCAUGUGGCAGACUAUCCACAGCUCGUACGGCGCAGUUCAGCCGCAGCCACACUCCACUUGGACAAACGCGCGAGGUACCACGUCGCGCGCUAAUACCGGCCUCCGUCCUUUCAGGAAUCCCUCUGGGGAUGCUUUCUGGACUACCAACUCGGUCAGGGACUGGACGCAAUUUGGCUACACCUACCCCGAGUUCUCUAACAGCGAUGGCAGCCGCAAUGCCAUCAGCGGCUAUGUGAACAGACUUUACGGACCUAACCCAUCUGCGUCCGCCGGCUCUUCCAAACGUCAAGCUGACCCUCAGGCUCUGGCGGCCUUGGGCGAUAUCCUUUCCACCGACCCAUUGAAAGCAUCAAACGGUUCCCUGUACCAAUACAACGCAAAUGUCCAGACCCCACGUUACUCUCUGGGUGGCUCCUACACGGUCUUUCUUUUCGACGGCAAGCCAGCAAGCGAGGACCCAGCCACAUGGGCAUCGGCCGAAAAUCUUUAUGGACCGAUGGGUGUGUUGGCCCAGGACCAGAUGGAGGGCGGCGGCAUGAAUAUGUCUAUCUUGACUACGGCGUCAAUCCCUCUUACCAACAAGUUGACCUCGCUCUUCGAUAACAAACUCCUGGGAAGUCUUUCUGAGUUGAUUGUCGCACCUUAUCUUCAGAAGAACCUCGAAUGGCGCAUUGCCAAAGAUGGCCAAAGUGUCGACCCUGCUACCGUUCCAGGAUUCGUUGUAUCUGUCCUGACUUCUAGCGCCCAGCCUGCUGCUGACGAGAACUCUUUCCCCGUAUACUCUGAAUUUAUCGAACUCUUGGGUGUGACGAAGGGCCAAGCUGGUGGAGCCAACACGACCACGUUCACAGACAUCCUGAGCAACCUUUUGUAAAGACAUUGCGACCAGAAGUGCGUAAUUAUCUGCUUGUUUGAAGUUUGUACAUAGGAUUGGAGACAUUGCCCGGGCAAAGGGUUGCACAGAUAAUCAGACCCAGAUUGCUCCCCAAGACCAUAAGGCGUUCGAUUCUCCGGCGAACGAUGAUUGACGACAUACCAACCACAGUAUCGACAGAUAUUAUACCCCAAUAGCUGGCAGUAAUAGCUACAGUUAAUCAGAAAUCUUCAUCGAAAGCUACAAUGUUAAAGUUCUCUUCUGCUUCACGAGUUGUCUCUGCUUCCAGAACGAUCCGCCG